AUGAAGAUCUUGAAGAGAAGAAGAACCCAUAUCUCUAGUUCCCUCGUUUCUACUCACGAAGGCUCUGCUUUAUCGCUAGUUACUCUAGCUCUACUCUCUCAAAGCUCCUUGGCUCUGGCUCUACUCGUUCCAUGUAUUACACUCGUUUGCUCUGACCUUGGGAUCUCUAUUCCCACUGCUCCAGCUCCUCUAACAGCCAGAAGCCAUAAGGCAGGAAGAACGAAGCACUCUCACCUUCCCCUUACUCCUCUUAGUAGCUCAAACAACUCGGAGCUCUUGAACUCCUAUAUCUGCUCUAACUGCAUUAGCUCAUCGGUCCUUCAACUACUUGUUCCAAAAAGGGGAUCAAAGGCUUCCUAUUCAACGGAUUCGGAUUAUUCGACUUUAGAUGCUUCGGAUGCUUCUUUUUCCCCUUGCGUUGAAGCAGUGCUACACCCCCGCAGGGAACAUCUCCUCAUUCAAGCAAGUCUUCAUGCGUCUGCA